AUGGGGGCCCCCCAUGCUGGGCUGGGGGGCGUUCGAAUCGGGGCCCUGCUACUGCUGGGUGUUUUGGAGCUGGUGUCGGGGCUCAGCCUGGAGCCUGUGUACUGGAACUCCGCGAAUAAGAGGUUCCAGGCAGAGGGUGGUUAUGUGCUAUACCCUCAGAUUGGAGACCGGCUAGACCUGCUUUGCCCCCGGGCCCGGCCACCUGGCCCUCAUUCCUCUCCUAGUUAUGAGUUCUACAAACUGUACCUGGUAGGGGGUGCCCAGGGCCGCCGCUGUGAGGCACCUCCUUCCCCGAACCUCCUCCUCACUUGUGAUCGGCCAGACCUGGACCUCCGCUUCACCAUCAAGUUCCAGGAGUACAGCCCAAAUCUCUGGGGCCAUGAGUUCCGCUCACACCAUGAUUACUACAUAAUUGCCACGUCAGAUGGGACCCGGGAAGGCCUGGAGAGCUUGCAGGGAGGCGUGUGCCUAACGAGAGGCAUGAAGGUGCUUCUCCGAGUGGGACAGAGUCCCCGAGGCGGAGCUGCACCUAGAAAACCUGUGUCUGAAAUGCCUGUGGAGAGAGAUGGAGGGUCAGCCCACAGCCUAGAACCUGGGAAGGAGAACACGUCAGGUGACCCCACCAGCAAUGCAACCUCCCGGGGUGCUGAAGGCCCCCUGCCCCCUCCCAGCAUGCCUGCAGUAGCAGGGGCAGCGGGAGGGCUGGCGCUGCUCUUGCUGGGCGUGGCAGGGGCUGGGGGUGCCAUGUGUUGGCGGAGACGGCGGGCCAAGCCUUCGGAGAGUCGCCACCCUGGUCCUGGCUCCUUUGGGAGGGGGGGACCUCUGGGUCUGGGUGGUGGGGGAGGGAUGGGCCCUCGAGAGGCUGAGCCUGGGGAGCUAGGGAUAGCUUUGCGAGGUGGUGGGGCUGCAGAUCCCCCCUUCUGUCCCCACUAUGAGAAGGUGAGUGGUGACUAUGGGCAUCCUGUGUACAUCGUGCAGGAUGGCCCCCCCCAGAGCCCUCCAAACAUCUACUACAAGGUAUGA